AUGACGACCAGCGUGCCUAGUCCUGAACUUGCUUUCAGUGAUACAGCUUCGCAACCCGACGAGCACCAGGUUUCUAUCCCCAAAACUUCCGCAGCUUCACAGCCAACGAAUAGCAUGAAGUCGACCGACCUUUCAGACGACUCUGAUGGAUUCCAAAUGGGUACCCCAGCAUCCGUAAUGUCCGACAUCGUCAGGAAGAAUGUCAUAGAUCCACGGACAAAGAUAUCCAGCCUUUUGAAGGAUAAGGAGCAAGAAUGGGCGUCUGUGGUAGAGAAGAAGGGUCCCCUGAGACUACUGGACCUACCCAUGGAUGUACUCAAGGAGAUUGUGAAAGAGGUAACCCAUACAAACGACUUGACAGCUCUGGCUCUUACUCAUUCCGCCCUUCACAACCUCGCAAUACCUCACAUCUACUCGCGCUUCGAUAUAGUAUGGCCUGACGCACAUGCGACUACAGAUCCAAGGACGGGCGUUGACGCGCUGACAUAUGGAUUGGCAACUUUAUGCAUGGGAGAUGUAUUCACAGAUCAUAGUCAAGGUCAAUAUUUCACCUGUGGAAACUGUGGCAGUCAAAAUAUUGCAGAAUGCAGUCAUAGCCUUAAUUUUGGCUCCGGGGCUGGUCAACGACGUCUCGGAAACCAAUAUCCGCAAUUUACACGCAAGUUCUCUCUCGGAAAUGGUCCUGCAGAUUGGGUGCAAGAAUACCUCAUUACAAAAGAAAGUGGAAAGAUGCUUGGAACACUUGUCGCUCUGGCUGUAGCUAGGAUGGUUAACCUCGAGACUUUCGUAUGGGAUAUGCCUACCGGUGUGCUCCGCGACGUCUGGCUUGCCUUAUCAUCAUUGCAGAAUAGGCAUCCACACCAGGAGUGUCGUUUGGAGCGAGUUUGGGUUCGAUGGCACGACAAUUCAGAUGCAGGAAAUCUUCCUUCCGGCCAUGCAUCGAAUUCUGGGGCCAGCACAACUCCACAAAUGCUUGCUGGGAGUACUAUGACCUCUGUGGGAUGGACAAUCCCACCUGGAGCUCUUCCGAGUUCGCAAAACCUUUCUCAGCCUCUUUCCUACGCCCAGAGCCGUGUGGAGUAUCCCACACUCAGCGUACUUCCUGCACUGCGAAGUCUCUCUGUACUCGAUAUUGACGAGCUAGAUUAUCUGGAUGAGAUGAGCGUCUUAAUAUCUAAAUCAAAGGACCGUCUUCGCGAAUUGAGAGUAGGCAUAUCUGCAAAAGCAGUUAAACGCGAUUUUGCUAUAGCCUGGGAUGGUCCUGAGCUCCAACAAGUUGACCACAAAGCCCAAUGGCCAGGAGCAAGCACGAUUGGUGAGAGAAGAUUGGGAGGCGUCCUAGGCGUUCUGCUAGGACGAGUGUUUGAUAUUCGGAAAAAGCAGAAACCCAAGGUUGAGAAGAAGGAAAGAAGUGCUGUUCUACCUGCAACUGCCAUCACUAUACCAGAACCUCAACAUGGGCAGGUCUUGAGUAUCGUGCAACAUGGAACCCAAAAUAACGAUGUCUUGCUCAAUCACAUUCCUGAAGCCCUAGAGAAUAACUCAAUCGACGAAGAAUGGGCCGGCAAAGACAGCACCACGUUGAGCGAGGCGGUUUUGUCGUCGUCAAGUUCUCCACUCGAUCUCAGCAUUGGAUCUGCAACACAUGAUGCCAAUGGUUUGGAUCUUAAUCCUCCUCACUUGACUGCAUCAGGAGCCGAGUUUGCACAGUCCGACGUUGAUUCACUUACUGCGUUGAUUUCGGCCCAUGAGAUUGGUACAGCUACGCAUCAUUUCGCAGAAUCACAGCCUGAAGUCGUUGCAGAACCACCUUUGAGGCGGUCUCAUACCCACAGCCAGAGGUCGUCACAUUUUUCCGAAGCAAAGUCUACUGACAGGGAGCGUCUCGAAGGUAAAUUGAGACUACAGACCUUAGAGCUCGAGCGGAUACCAUUGUCGGUGGCUGUUCUCCAAAAAGCCUUCGAUUGGUCGGUCCUGACAAAUUUGACUAUCCUCGAUUGUGCCCAGCAUGAUAGACUUUGGAUUAUGCUUCGACGACACUUUCAACCAUCCCCGCUUGGGCCCACCCACUCUACGAAGCAUGGAGCUAAUAUGCAAUACCACCUCAAUCUUCGGAAAGUCCAUACCGAUGCCGCCUCUCCAGCUUUGAUUUCUUUCCUGAAAGAGACCCUCGCACCUAAUACCCUCGAAACUCUUUUCUUGCAGGAUCGAAAGCGGUCCAGCACUGUUGCUGUCACAAUUGAUGCCAUCUAUCGAGGACCUCUGAAACGACAUCGGUCGAGUCUCAAGAGAUUGAUGCUGGACAGCUCGGACAGGAUACCUCGAAGCCCUACUAGCGCUACGGACAGUGCACGAUGGCGAUCAUGGAUGCCCAAUCGUGAUGUUCUCAACUUUAUUACCAGUGGCCGCAUGAGCAGUCUUCGAGAAUUGAGUAUUGCUAUUGACUAUAAAGAUUGGCAUCAUUUCCUUCAACGACUCCCCCAAGUCCCGCAUUUACGCUCCUUGAAUAUUCCAUAUAUUGCUGACCAUGUUACACCUGCAUUUGACCCCCGAGAUCUUGCUAUGCAAGUUGUCGACGUCAUUGUGCUUCGACCAGAGGUGGAACUGUGCUACAUGGGCAUCUCACACAAAUGCUUUGAGAUUCUGGAGAAUCGACCGCACGAUGAGUCGCAUGGGACGACGGAAAGUCAUUCGAGUGCGAUGAAUGGAGGCGCUGGCGGUGCUGUGACCGACGAAGAGGACGAAGACGAGGACGAGGACGGGAGCGACGACGAUGAGGAUGACGAGGAGGAGGAAGACGACAACGGAACAGCCAUGGGCGCUCCAGCAGGAAUCGACCCUGACGAGACGGAGUCCGAACUUUCAGAUCAUGACGAUUCAGACACCGAUUCAUACGACGGCUCCGAAGAUGGUCGGUCCAAGGUGAAGCUUCGACUUCGGGAGAUUCUCUUCUACGACGACAAGGUAGCCAUAUUCAAGGCUCGUCACGGAAGACUCUGA